AUGGCAGCAAGUAGCAUCCUCGCAGACCUUUGGGAGGCAGUGGAGGCUACAGCUGAACCUCCUAAAGGAGAAGACCAAGACUCUGAUGAUCGGCUCAAGACAUGGAGGAAGAAGAAUGCGGCAGCUUUACAUACAAUCCAAAUUUCGUGCGGGCCAGAAGCUUUUUCGGUGAUUAGAGACAUGACUUCAGCCAAGAUUGCUUGGGAUACUUUGGCAGAAAGGUUAACGCCACAGCCAUUACUUCCUUGUAAUUCGCCUGUUCAGUCUGCAAACUCAUCCAACAACCUAGGUAUACUUGAUUCUCUUUCUGUGACGAGUAAAGGUGCUGAUCAUUUAAGGACUAAUUAG